AUGUCCGUUGCCACCGUUUUCCUCGCCCUUUCCAUCGCCAUGACUCUCCUGGCCCUUCCCUGCCUCUCGAGUGGCUUCGACCUGGGACAGUCCACCCGCUGCGUGGCCAUCCCCAGCCGGUUGACUUUGUGCCAGAACGUGGGCUACUCUGAGAUGCGCCUGCCCAACUUCCUGGGCCACAGCAGCCUGGACGGGGAGGUGGUUCCCCGUUCCGAGGACUGGAGAUCCCUGCUGCAGACGGGCUGCCACCCCCAGGCCCAGGCCUUCCUCUGCUCCCUGAUCGCACCGGUCUGCCUCGACACGUUCAUCCUGCCUUGCCGUAGCCUGUGCACGGCGGUGAGGGACAGCUGCGCUCCAGUGCUGGCCUGCCAGGGCCAAGCUUGGCCCGAGGCCCUCAGCUGUGACCGCUUCCCCGCUGAGGAGGACAUGUGCCUGUCCCCGCACCCAAAGUUCCCCCAGUUCACCAAAGACUUGCCUAAACCUGCCUGUCAGAACUGCCCAUCGGUGGAAGAGUACCCUACAAUGAAAGGGGUUCUGGACACCUUGUGCCAGCAUGACUUCGCUGUGACUGCCAAGCUGCACCGUCGACGCCUGCCCAGCGGCGAGCCCGAGUUCCAGGUGGACGGCCGGGUGGAGUUCAUCCGCCAGGGCCCCCUCCUCCCGUACGACACCCAGCACCUCCUCCAGCAAUGGCUGCUCAUCAACCUGCGCUGCGCCCACGCACUGGUGCGACCCGGGCGCUCCCAGCUCUACCUGAUCGCGGGCACCGUGCAGGCCGACACCACCCUGGCCAUCACCCGGCUCUUCCCCUGGCACAAGAAGGACGCCAACAUCGCCACGGCGACGCGCAAGUGGAAGCACCACAGGUGUUGAUGGAGGAGGAGGAGCCUAGGCGUCGAACUGAACCAUGAUGGCGCGGCUAGCUAACUGGAGCAACUCUAUAGCACGCGGGAAAUGUUGCCGAUGAAUUUGGCCAACAAAUAAGAUAAAGGGAACGUUUAUGGGAUGGAGGAGGGGAUAGAGUCUUUCUAGAUUUCAGUUUUGGGCGCUAUAGUCCACUUAAGAGCUCUAGAUGUGUACAGGGAAAGAGCUGGACUCAAGGUUCUCUGCUGCCCCCGGUGACCCACUUUGUAUUUACAUGGUCACAAAGUUAAUAGAAUGCACUCGAAAAACUGUACAUAACAAUAUUGUAUAUUAUGUUUGUAAGAAAUUAUUUUCAAUAUAGAAAAUUUUGUAUUUAUGAGUUUUUAUUAAGUUUCA